ACUAAAGAAAAAAGAGCGCGCAUUUCAAACGUCACCGUUCCGCCACCUAAAAUGAUUACCCGCGCUUCCAUUUCCGCUGAAAAUGAAUCUAUGCCGUCCACGUGUAGCCGCCCUUUAAUCUCCUUCAAAACAGUGUUGCAGAAAUCCCAGUUCUCAUAAAUUUCGCUCUGUUCUGCAGUUUUUGUUAGAACUUCUUCCAUUUCUCCACCGUCUCUGCUUCCAUUUCCUCUCUCUUGAUAGCUCGAAGCAAAGCAAGGAUGGAGGAAUCUUCGAGCAAUGGCCGUGCUAACUCUAACACUACCAGAUUCUUGAACCCCUGGGUUCUCCAUUUCCAGAAAAUGGGUCUCGAGCUCAAGUGUCCUCUGUGCUUAAACUUCCUCGACGAACCAGUGCUGCUUCCUUGCAAUCACCUUUUCUGCAAGGCUUGCAUGCCGUUCGCAGCGCAGAUUGGAUCAGUAUGCCCUCUCUGCAAAGAAGGAUUUGUCGACCUAGACAUGAGGCCUGCACCUUUCAUGGACAAGAUGGUAGCAAUCUACAGGAGUCUGGAUGCUACAUUCUCUGCAAACAUCUCUAAACUAAUCUCAUCUGGUGCUGGGGUGGCUGUGGAGCAAUCACGUUUUGAUCAGUCUCUCCCAUAUAAUGCAAGCAAGUGCAAGGAGUUCGAGGGGUGCAGCAUGCCUGCUGAUUGCAAAGGUGAAAAUAUUGACAUUGAGGGCAGAAAAGGUAGUUAUGUGAGGCAUGAAGAUUGUAGAAUGCUAGACCAGUUAUCAGCAGGAAGCCCACCUCCAUUUGGUGAUGGCAAGGUGUCAGAUGACAGUAGUGAUGAGUACCGUGGUCAUGGCUCUAAAAAUGCUUCAGACAGCAGAUCUACUAUAAAAAGUGUUGAUGGUAAUAAGCUGCAAUUGUUGAAGUGUACAAGUUCUGCUUCUGAAGAGGAAGGUCACUUGAGGGACCUCAAGAGACAAAAGAAAUUGGAUUAUGAUCAGUCACAAUUGGGCUUUAGUGGUACCAAUGGAAACCAGCCUCCAGUUUCCGAGUUCGGAAAUUCAGAGACUUCAAAUUCUGAAAUGAAUCACAAAUCUCAAGUUACUAUUGCUAGCAACAUGCCUCUUGCUGAUGCAGAUAGUGCCAUUGUGAGAAAUGUCAAAUGUGCAUUUUGCCAGACCUCUAAAGUUACAGAGGAUACUGGAUCUAUCCUGAAUUAUAUGAAUGGCGUUUUGGUAGUUGGGAUUGAAGCAACACAUCCGAAUGUCAUACACGUUCACAAACUUUGUGUUGAUUGGGCACCACAAGCAUACUAUGAAGGUGAUAAUGUUCAUAAUCUGAAGGCUGAAGUAGCAAGGGGUUCAAAGCUUAAGUGUAGUAAAUGUGGGCUAAAAGGAGCAGCCCUGGGUUGUUAUUUGAAAUCUUGCCAGAAAAGCUAUCAUGUUCCUUGUGCCCUUGAAAUAGAGGAGUGCCGUUGGGACAUGGAUAAUUUCCUUCUUCUAUGCCCCUCACAUACGUCAGUAAGAUUUCCAGAUGAAAGGUCUAAGCCUAGGAAGAUGCCCAGAAAUCAAGCUUCUCCAUUUCAAAUAAACCAGCAAGAUUCAAGCAGUUGGGUGUCUUCAUCAGAUGAGGUAAAGAAAUGGAGAUUUUGUGGAUCAGCUUUGUCUGCUGAAGAAAGGAAUAUUCUGGUCAAGUUUGCAAAAAUGACUGGUGCCACAGUGUCCAAAUUUUGGAAGCCAGAUGUGACUCAUGUUAUUGCGUCCACAGAUGAUAAUGGUGCAUGUACUCGGACUUAUAAAGUUCUCAUGGGCAUACUGAAUGGAAUAUGGAUUCUGAAGAUGGAUUGGGUAAAAGCUUGCAUGAAAGAAAGGCGUCCUUUGAAUGAGGAAGCAUAUGAAAUUACUCUUGACAACUAUGGGUGCAUUGAUGGUCCCAGAUCUGGCAGGCUGAGGGUUCUAAACAAAGCACCCAAGCUCUUCACUGGCUUGAAUUUCUAUUUUACUGGUGAUUUUCCACUGUCUUACAAGGAGGAUCUAGAAGAUUUGGUCAUAGCUGCAGGUGGUACCGUAUUAGAGGAUGAAGAACUAGCAGCACCAAAUUGUGACGACCAGGCUGUGCCAAAGGUGCUGGUUGUUUAUAAUCUGGAUUCUCCUGGAGGAUGCAAAGUGGGGGAGGAGGUUUCAAUUCUCUGGCAAAGAUUAAAUGAGGCAGAGGGAAUAGCUGCUAAAGUUGGAGCCCAAGUCAUUGGUCAUACAUGGCUUGUGGAAUCCAUUGCAGCAGGGAACUUGCAACCUUUUGUGAGCUGCUAACCAUGAAUGAUUAUAAUCUGUUUUGUGUGCUGAUUCAAGGCAUAGUGAUGUAUUUAAAUAACUAAUAUAAUCGUAUACGUGUAGUAGGCCCAUGUACAAACUGAAGCUAAUCUGAACAGUUGUUGACCCUAUGUUUCCUAGGCUCUGUGGUAGUUUCCCAACUUCAAUGAGUAUCACAAGAAAAAUAUGCUUUUCCUGCAAAUAGAAACCUGGCAAGUCUUUGCUUGAGCAGUAGACUGUAUGUGAUUUAUUUGUAAUGCAAGUGAAUAACAAUCGUUUAGGUUUUCUUUGGUCGUA